AUGAAAGAAUGGUUCGACGAUGUUCAUUUCAAUUUAUUGAAAAAUCUUAAGCAAGAUAUGACACAAUUUAAAAACAAAAAAAUUAAAGAAUGGUUAAUGUAUCACUGGGAAAGCAACGAACACGGUUCUGAUUCUGAGUCGUUUGAACAUCUGGGGACAUUAACAUUGUUAAAACUGGCAAGAUCUCGAGAAUGGUAUAGAGCCAAUCCUAAUAUAAUUAAACAAGGGAAAAAACUCUUGGCGUGCCUUCUCAUGAAAGAAAACGAAUACUUAGGACAACAGUGGGAAAAUUGGACUCGUUGGAAAAAUGAUAAACUUAUUAUGACUGAUUCAAUGUGUACAACACUCUUUGGAAAACGCAUAACCAAGAAAGAAUGGAAUCAAGUUGUUAAUGAAAUAAAAAUGUGA